UCCCUCUCAUCUCUUCCAGACUGUGCAUCGUUGAAAAUUGUCUACUUUCUGUAGAUAAGUUCUUAGUUUUGUUGAAAGGGAUAUUAUACUGAUUUGAAAGUAUUUAUUUUGUUCUAAAGAAUAAGGUAUGAAAAUGUCUUUUGCUGUUUUUGUAACAGCAUUUGUGUUUUCAUUAAUCUUUGGCCAAGGACAAUGCCAUAUACCAGCGGGUAACGCGAACUAUACGAGUGUCACAGAGGUUUGCCUGAAAGUGCCGUAUUCUGUUGACCAGUGUUACAAGGAAGCGCUCAACCAACCGAUUUCACCAAGAGCCGCAAAGAUCGACUGCCUUCAACGAUUGUUAUGGCUACACGAAUCAGAAGCGAACCUUACUCCAGCAGAUCUUAAAUAUUUUUCUACACUCUCCCAAACUAACUGGAAGUUGGGACAUCCGUAUCCAAAAACUGGUUUCCGAAAGAGGCAAGAGUACAGAACAUUGACAGAUAAUCAGCGUAUGAGAUUACAUAUGGCUUUCAAUAAACUUUACCAGAAAGGUAUUAUAAGAAAAUAUGGCUUACUUCAUAGAACAGCUGUACGCCUGCAUCACGACGGUGCUUCAUUCCUUGCUUGGCAUAGAGCCUUUCUAGCAAUGUUUGAAGACGAACUCCGACUUGAAGACAAUACUGUUUCCUUACCAUACUGGGACAUAGAACUUGACCAUAAUAUGGAUAACCCUGUUAACUCCAUUCUUUGCUCGAGCGAGUUGCUAGGCAACUGCUAUGGUGACGUUGUUACCGGUCCUUUUAAAAAUUGGUACACAAGUCGGGGUAAACUUUGGAGAGAAUACGGUAGUCAUCCAAGAGGGAGACUAUUUGGCCAUGCUUCUAUAAAGAGGAUACUUUUCAGAUGUCACAACGAGGAGGUUUCUUUCCCUGUUAAAAUGCCUGGGAAUGAAGAACAAAUGGAAUUUGUUUACGAGUAUAUACAUAAUGGUUGUCAUAACUGGAUGGGAGGGGAUAUGGCUGAUGUUGAUACUGCCGCCUUUGAUCCUAUCUUCUACAUGUUGCAUGCAUUUAUAGACCUCCUAUGGGAGGAUUUCCGUAAACGUCAGACAGUUGUAUGUGGAGUAGAUCCGGAGAAAGAUUACCCUGUACUAACAGGCGGUCCAAGCCAUGGUCCGAGUGCACCUAUGUAUGGCUUUGAUGGGUUACAGAAUAUCGAUGGAUUGAGGAACUACUGGACAGAUACCUGGUAUGCUUAUGAGAGUAGACCACAAUGUCCCAACUGCAACUCAAAAUAUCUGUACUGCGAUCAUAAGCGAAAUAAAUGCGUCAGUCAUUCACGUAGAACUGACUACAACCCGGGACAGUACUAUAACAAACACGGAGUUGUCGCUGAACCAUUCGAGCCUCCAAUCAGCUAUAUUCCAAAACGCACUUCGAAUAAUUUUGAACCUGCUCCGUUAUCUGACGGGAGAUCGAGAGCUUCGGCUGAACGUGAUGCCAGAAUGGCAAUGGCUGCUGGGAAUUUUGGAGGGAGCGCAUAUACAAUUAACAACCAUGUGCGAAGAGAUUCUUUACCUGCAAGCAGCAUGCCUUAUUCACUAAAUGCACACCCACAAUAUAAUGUAAAUAAUAAUCCCAAUCUAGCUCAAGUCUUUGGCAGCAGUGAUCUUUCACAUAGAAUCACCAAGUACAAUUACAUAAAUAACCCUAAACUAUUACCACAAAGACCUCCUCAUAGGAAAUUCAUUUCAUUAAUUUGAUGAUCAUUAUAAUUUUCCAAUGGAAACUGUUCGUUUACACGUGGCGUAUGUUUGUUAUACCUUGGUUAUAUUGUAUCUGUGUAUAUUAAAAUCCGUGUCUUAUUGUAUAUUUUAUUAAAAUAUAAUUUAUUACUAUGCAUGAUUUUGUUGUUCGUUUAAUCGUCAAGUGUACAUUCAUUUUUAAUAAAACAUUUAACAUGAUUUA